AUGUCGGGCAAUGCUGAGACAGACCUGGGAGGGGUGGGGGUGGUAGGAAUGAGGUUUGGGGUGGACCUCGUGCACGCUCUUCCCACGUUUCUCCUGUUAGUGAUGCAGAGACCUGGAGCUUUGUGUUUUGCUUCAUGGACCACAGGAACUGGAGUUUUGUGUUUAACCUUCUUCCAGUUAGCAGACUCUGAGUCGGACUGUGAGCUUGGCGAAAGGUGCAUUGGGCAGAGCGAUGAAAACUUUAGCAGCUGGUAUGUGUGGUUCCUGAUGUUGUUUUUCCUGGCCUUGCUCCUGUCCUGCGGGAUCUGCUGCUGCCUGCAGUGCUGGCUGAAACGGCGGAGCUGCCUCCCCCACCGACGCACCCUGGCCGUCUUUGCGCUCAGCAGCAGCUCGGAUGCCUUUUGCGCAAGUGAAGUGCCUCAGUGCCCAUUCGCUGGAUCUCCAAGCCCCUGCAUGACUGUGGAGAUGUCUUCCCCUGCCCCACAGUUCAGCCUUGGGGGAACUGAUUUGCCUCCAUCCUAUGAGGAUAUUAUGAAGGAAAACAAGCUCUAGACACCACGUGUUGGCUUUCUGCGAUUCCACUUGGUUCAUCAGAGAUCUUCCGUUAUGCUACAGUAGUGUGAGAUCAAAUCAGCCCUUUCCACAGGUUGGCCAAGAGACU